UGUCAUAUAUAUUGAAAGAAGAAUCGCGAAGAAAAUCGUGAAUCGAAAUCAAAUCAUGAGUGGGCAAGAGAAUCACGAUGGCCGGAUCUCUACUCCCGCCGCGUCGGAGCCCAAAGCUCCUCACUCAUCUGAGUACGCUCCUUACCCUAAGCUCGAUCCUAACGAUGUCACUCCUCCUCCGCCUGCUCCCAUCUCCGGCGAUGCCGCCACCACCAUGCCGCCGGAGUUCAAUCCUUAUGUUUCUCCUUCCCCUGCACCUAAGAAUACGAUGGACUCGGUGAAGGAUACGCUUGGGAAAUGGGGGAAGAUGGCGGCGGAUGCCACCAAGAAGGCGGAGGAUCUCGCCGGAAACGUUUGGCAGCACUUGAAAACAGGCCCAAGUGUAGCCGAUGCUGCUGUUUCUCGAAUCGCUCAGGGGACAAAAAUACUUGCAGAAGGUGGAUAUGAAAAGGUGUUCAAGCAAACUUUUGAUUGCCUUCCUGAUGAGCAACUUCGCAAGACCUUUGCUUGCUACUUGUCUACAUCUGCUGGUCCUGUGAUGGGAGUUAUGUACCUUUCGACACACAAGCUUGCAUUCUGCAGUGACAAACCUCUCUCCUACAAAGAAGGUGACCAGACCCAGUGGAGCUAUUACAAGGUGGUACUUCCGGUGAACCAGCUAAAGGCAGUGAACCCAUCAACAAACAGAGUGAACACAUCUGAGAAAUACAUACAAGUGAUUUCCGUAGACAACCACGAGUUCUGGUUUAUGGGGUUUGUGACUUAUGAAACCGCUGUGAAGAGCCUUCAAGAAGCUGUGCAGUCACAUGGUCUAUGAGGGUCCACUGGUAAAUACAGAUCUUUUAGUGGUAUUGUGCAUUUUAAUAUGGAACAGUGUGUUUUAGUCGUUGAUACCGUUUCAGUUCGUUUUGUAGAUUUUGCCUCCUUGGCAUUUGAUCAUAUACAUUACUGUUGUUCAUUUGCUUCUGUAUGAUUGAAUUCUUAUUUGUUUACAAAUAAUAACAUUGAAUCUUCUCUUGUUCCGAUC